CUGUAUCUAUUAAUCUGUGGUGGUGCCGCUCAAGGAACAUGUGCCGCUGCCGUUGACAUUUGAAUUUGUUAAUUGUUUUGAAUCAUUUAAACUUUGUUUCCAAAUAUAAUUCAAAGAUAUUGUUCACAAUUUUACAUGUAUGUGUUUUAAUUAAAAUGGAUGGGUUUAAAGCUUUACAUGAUAUUGCUUUGGAAUUCGAGAACUACAAUCGGCAGGUAGCUGCUGAAUUAACCACAGCUGUUUCUGAACCAUUUGAAGACGUUGUUAACGUUAAAGUUCGCAAUAUUAAAUUAUUAACUUCUAAAUACAGGCUGUUGGAAGCAAAAUCCAAUGCUGCUACACCCCAGGUACAGGAAAAACUCAAAAAUGACCAAACUAUUCUGGACUACGAAGAGGAGGUUUCUUCUAAAAUUACUAAGCAGUUAGUGGUGAAAGCGGUCACACAAAACAAUACUGUAAAAAAGUUAAUCACAAUGCCAAGUGAGAAGUUGGCACCUGAGUUUGUGGUAAAGAAAGAACAAAUUAUUGAAGAACUGAAAAAAUUCAGUGAGCAUGAGGUAAAAUUCGCCUUCCUGGAAAAAACCCUUGAUAUGACUGAAACAGAACUCAUGGAGGUGCAGAGAAGGUGGGACCAGGUUGCUGGGCAGUUGAAGGAUACCCCCAAAGAGCAGCAAGACAAUGGACCCUUGGUUCAAAAACUGCACGUACUUCAUGAGAAGUUAGACAAGAUUCGCUGGCUGAUCGCCAAGCUAGCGACGUCGCGCGGUGAUUACGAUUGGUCCACAGACCCGCAUAACCGCCUGCGCGCGCUCGCUAUGGCCAGACAACAUGACAAUGUGUAAUCAUCAUAGGCGUAUAUAACUGGGGGACAUGCCCACCCCAUUAUGGUCCAGUCCCUAGAAGUCUGGGCUACCGAUUUGAAAUUCUACGAUGGACGCCAAAAUACAAAAUAUACAAAGAAAAAUCAAUAUAACCAAUGGACCCGUUUCAAAGCAUCAGCGUCCACAAACAUGGUAAACGAAAUUUCAUUGGGCUAAGCCCACACUAGGAAAUAAUCCUAGAUACGCCAAUGUAAUCAUGGAUGAUGAAGUUUUUAACGGACCUGCCAUACACUGCACGACUGACGUGGGAAGUAGGCAGAGACGUCGUGUGCCCACGUUAAGCUCAAAACUCAUCUAACACCGCUGACAGGGCUAUGUAUCGCCGCGCUGUCCAUCCGGCGACGGUUAAAAUAUUUCGUAUGAUCUGAGAGCCAUGGUGGAUAUUUUUGAAUAGGUAUUUAAGUCAAUUUAAAAACUUGUCUUGUACCUCUCGUAUGCUACCCUUACACUGACCUGGCUGGGGAGUAUCAAUAGCAGAGUAAAAAUAUGCAGGAAAUCUGAAAUUUAAAAAUACCUUUGAAUUUAAUAUUUAAAGAGUAAAUAAAAUAUAAAUAGUUAAGCCAAUUGAGAUAUUUUUUUUUCAAAAUAUUUUAGAAGCAUCUAGCUAACUUAAAGACCAGACUGAAUAAUACGGAUUCAUUUUAUUACUAUUUAAAUUAAAAGUUCAUUUAUAACGUACUUUUAAAAAUUACAGAUUGCCUGAAGGAUAUUAGUUUGUAAAAAAACCAUGAUAUUUUUUGAAAAAAAAAAAAAAAUCAGCUCAACAGACAGGCCUAGUUCUGUAUUAGGGUAGCUUAGGAGGUACAGGACAAGUUCUCAACUUACCUCUCGUACCUACACAAUGAUAUCCAUCAGCUCUCGGAUCACAAUAUGAAAUGACCUAAGGACGUUGUCACCAAACGAGAUGACGGCGUGCGGUAAUCUUGUAUGGAGGCGAGGCAUUUCUGUUACGUGUCCGAGGCGUUAUAGUAAGUCCUAAGCCUUACUCGUCCUGUGGUCGGAUUGAGCGCGAGUGAAAGGUCUAGUACGCGGCGUCACAAUAGUUUGCUCGAGUAAAGCAGUGUGUGGCAGCAGCGCUAGAAGCUAAGUGUACCUAACUGCGCCAUAAGUGUUUAAAAUUAAAAAUAAAUGUUAUUUUAUAUGUA